GUUUCUCUCUUCGGUGCGGCAUGGCAGAGAAGCAGCGAGCCACGUGUGAAAAGGGUCACCGAUGCAUUCGUAUCACCAGCCAAUCACUACAAGCCUCGCUGCCACCUAGGACAUAAACAUUAUAAUUUGCUUAACAUUUGUAAUUGAAUAUCCCCACGCGCACUGAACGACGCGCCAUCUGUAACUCCUCAUAGGUGAAAAGUGCUCGCUCACAGAGAGAGAGAGAGAGAGAGCGGCUGCCGGUUACUUUCCCCGUCUUUGGGGAACGCUCAAACAAAUCACUUUCAGGCUUGAUCUUCGCUUUACUGGGACCAAAAUCUCUGCAUCAAUUCAUCAUCAGAUUUGAAGGCGUCAUCUGGGUAAAUCCCGACUUGGGUGCGAGAAAUUCUGAACCUCCGGGGAGAUCUUGGAUGUGGCUACGGAGGGUUUGUUUCUUGGGUUGAUUUUUAUCUUGUUUGAAAUCUUUGGGAAGCUUCUUUUUAUGCCAUUUUGAUGGCGAAGCGACCUGAAUCAUCAAUUGGAUUCUCUGUCACCAUUCCACCUCCUCAGCAAGGCACUCAGUCACCUAGACCCGACACUGUAUUUAGUCCUCCUCCUUUCCCAUCAUCAUCAGUAGGUCCUAUAUUUCCUCCACCAAUUGUACAACCAAAUCAGAUUCCUUCUCCGUCGAUCAAGACUCCCAAUUUACCAUCACCUGCUAAUGGAGUUAGAACUGGAAGCCCUGCUCCUCAUCUAAGCACUCCACCUGGUCCUCCUGUGUUUUCUUCGCCGCUACAACCUGCUGCAGUGCCAUUCAGAACUUCUCCAGCUACCCCUCAGCCUGUUGCCUAUUCAUCUGCUUCAUCUCUGCCCACAUCAUCACCUCCCCAGUUUUCAAAUGGGUCUGUUGAGCUGCAUCACCAAAUUUCUGAUGUUACCGAAGAUUGGACACCUGCUGCGGAAUCUCCGAAUGUUCUAUUCUCGGCUCACAAGGUAUUGAAGCAGAAAAAACUUGCAAAUAUCCUUAGUCUAGGUUUUGGCGCAUUAGUUUCCUCAGGAAGGGAGAUGUCACCUGGUCCGCAAAUGAUACAACGUGAUCCCCAUCGUUGCCAUAAUUGUGGCGCAUAUGCAAAUCUUUAUUGCAACAUUUUACCUGGUUCAGGUCAGUGGCAGUGUGUAAUAUGUCGUAAUCUCAACGGAAGUGAAGGGGACUAUGUAGCUUCCAACAAAGAAGAACUGCGCAAUGUGCCAGAACUAUCACUACCUUCAGUUGAUUAUGUCCAGACAGGGAACAAGAGGCCUGGUUUCUUUCCAGUGUCUGAUUCCAGAGUGUCAGCACCCGUUGUCCUUGUAAUAGACGAGUGCUUAGAUGAACCUCAUCUCCAACAUUUUCAGAGCUCUUUGCAUGCAUUUGUGGAUUCAUUGCCUCCAACAACAAGACUCGGGAUUGUCACGUAUGGCAGCACAGUCUCUGUAUAUGAUUUUUCUGAAGAAUCGAUUGCAUCCGCUGAUGUAUUACCUGGUAACAAAUCACCAGACCAGGAGUCGUUGAAGUCAUUGAUUUAUGGGACUGGGAUAUACUUGUCUCCUAUGCACGCAUCUCUUCCUGUCGCACACUCAAUUUUCUCAUCAUUGAGGCCAUACAAACUGGAUAUUCCAGAAGCUUCUAGAGACCGUUGCCUGGGUACAGCAGUUGAAGUUGCUUCGGCAAUUAUUCAAGGUCCAUCGGCGGAAAUGUCACAGGGUGUUGUUAAAAGGCCUGGCGGAAACAGCAGAAUUAUUGUUUGUGCUGGUGGACCAAAUACAUGUGGCCCUGGAUCGGUUCCUCAUUCUUUCUCGCAUCCGAACUAUGCUCAUAUGGAGAAAAUUGCAUUGAAGUGGAUGGAAACCCUAGGUCGUGAGGCAUUCAGGAAGAACACAGUUAUUGACAUAUUAUGUGCAGGUACAUGUCCAGUAAGAGUGCCUGUCCUGCAACCUCUUGCCAAAGCCUCGGGGGGUGUACUUAUUCUCCAUGAUGACUUUGGAGAGGCUUUUGGUGUGAACUUGCAGAGAGCAUCUGGGAGGGCUGCAGGUUCACAUGGUUUACUUGAGGUCCGCUGUUCUGAGGAUAUUUUUGUUAGUCAAGUUAUAGGCCCUGGUGAAGAGGCACAUGUGGACAGCAACGAAACGUUUAAAAAUGAUGAUGCUCUUGUCAUUCAAAUGCUAAGCAUCGAAGAAACACAGAGUUUUGCAUUAUCAAUGGAAACCAAGAGAGACAUUAAGCGCGAUUUUGUGUAUUUCCAGUUUGCAUUUAAGUUUUCUGAUGUCUACCAAUUGGAUAUCACCAGAGUCAUCUCUGUUAGAUUGCCUACUGUGGACAGUGUUUCAUCAUAUCUUCAAAGUGUUCAAGAUGAAGUCGCUGCUGUUCUUAUUGCCAAGAGGACACUUUUGAGAGCUAAGAAUGCCAAUGAUGCACUUGAUAUGCGAGCCAUGGUUGAUGAAAGAAUCAAAGAUAUUACAAGCAAGUUUGGUUCUCAAAUGCCCAAAUCAAAGCUCUAUCAGUUCCCGAGGGAGGUCUCGUUGUUGCCCGAAGUCUUAUUCCAUCUUAGAAGGGGGCCACUUCUAGGAAACAUUCUUGGUCAUGAAGACGAGAGAUCUGUGUUGCGGAACUUGUUUCUGAAUGCAGCAUUUGAUUUGUCCCUCCGAAUGGUGGCUCCUCGCUGUCUGAUGCAUAGACAAGGUGGCACUUUUGAGGAACUACCUGCUUAUGACCUUGCUAUGCAAUCUGAUGCAGCAGUUGUUCUUGAUCAUGGAACUGAUGUCUUCAUUUGGUUGGGUGCGGAACUUGAUGCUCAGGAGGGAAAAGGUGCAGCAGCAUUGGCAGCUUGCAGAACUUUAGCUGAAGAGCUCACGGAAAUGCGGUUUCCAGCUCCUCGGAUUCUUGCAUUCAAGGAAGGAAGUUCUCAGGCUCGAUAUUUUGUUUCCCGACUGAUACCGGCACACAAGGACCCUCCUUAUGAACAGGAAGCAAGAUUCCCACAGCUUCGGACUUUGACUGCAGAACAGAGAACGAACUUGAAAAGCAGCUUCCUUUACUUUGACGAUCCCAGCUUCUGUGAAUGGAUGCGGAGUUUGAAAGUUUUGCCACCUGAACCAAGUUGAAGACCCUAAUAGAACGUUUAUUGGCAAAUCUUCAAUGAGCAAGUCCUGAGAGUUGCAUUUGGAUGUACCAUCGGGUCCAAUGGCGUAAGCACACAUAGUUGGGUCAUGGGUGACAGAGCCUCUAUCUCUCAACUUUCUGCUGAUUCCUGGUUAUCAUGCCAGGAAAUGAACUCUUCCAUUGUGAUCCCUUUCUGUAUGGAGUCUAAUAGACUGAAUUCUUUUGAAAUAAAAAUUCGCUAUUCUACCUAUCCCUCCUACCUUGUGAUAUUUUUUUUACAUUUUAGGGAAAGCCAAAGGGAUCUGCAAUUUUUGAGUGAUUUGUAAGGACGUAAAACAAGUUUGCAAUUUGGUUAGCAGUUUAGUAUAUAGUUGAUGUUAUGAAUUGGUUAA